AUGAACCCAGACAGGCAAUCGAGGUCGUCUAUGGACCCGCUUCCCAGAAGCGUCAAGGUUCGUUCCACAUGCAAUGCCUGCCAGCAAGCCAAAAUCCGCUGUAGUCAUGAAAAGCCAUCCUGUCGACGGUGCCAGAAGCAUAGGAUUGAAUGUAUCUACAGCAUGUCCCGACGACUGGGGAGGCCGGCAAAGAAAAGAGAGUCAACACACGACAGCCAAUCUUUAAGCCAGGAGCCGUCGACAUUCCCUCGUCACCAGCCGAGUAGAAGGGUCCGAAGUCCCAAGAAGAGCAAGGUGAAAGAAGAGUCGGUACCAGACAGCCUCAAUGAGGGACACUUUCAUGGUCCCGCGGAGAAGACGGCUCUUGACAAAGGCCUUCUCGAUGACAGCAUAAUUGAUGACAUUGCUAUCGAGGAUACAGGGCUGCAAAGCUCCUCUUUUCUAGAUCCGGGCGAAGCAUCCCCCUUUCCGGGUCCGUCUCAUAUCCCUUCCUCGUGUGCCUAUGACAUUGCUAACGUACCACCCCCUAAAGCCUCUGAUACCAUUGAUCUGUCCCCGGAUAGCUGGCUACAAGACCUCGUUCCCAUCCAGCCACCGGAGAUCGGAUCGGAUCGGAACCUCAUGCACGCGAUGGGUGCCAACAACAUAAACUCAGACGGAGUCUUUCCUGUAAUUCCAAUGGAAAUCAAAGAUCUACCCUGCUCGAUGGGUGUAACAAUUUCCUCCCCUCGGCUCCAAGAGCAACCUAUGAUGACAGGCUGUGAUGCCACUGACAGAGUUCUCCCUUCUCUGAAUGGCGAUCGGUCGGACUGCACCCAAGCCAUGGCUAGUGUGCCCCCAUCAUACGUGGAAGAUCCGCACCAUGAUCUCCUAGUAUGGCCGCAGGCUUUGUCCCCGUCAAUGGAAGCAUUCCCUGUCAGGCAGCCGGCAAAGAUGAAACCAGUGGAGUUUUUGGCCCCGAGUAAAGCUCCAAGGCGUGGCCACGAAUACAAUCAUCAAUCCGAUGAUCACAGGAUUGAUCCCCAUAUCUUGAUUGCUACUGCAGCCCGUCAAUAUCAGUGCCAGUGUCACGAACAAGCAGUUCAUGAACUCAUGCAAAUGAACCUACUUGUCUCUCGCACCGGAUCGAUUGUUACCAUUGACUCUAUCCUCAGCUGCCAGCGAGUCCUCCAACAACUGACUGACACUGUUCUUCAGUGCGGCGUCUGCUCUAAAACCAUGGUAAACCUGCUCAUAGUGGUGGUUGUGAGCAUUGACAGCUUGGUGACGACACUUGAAGCUAUCACUUCUGUCGAGAACGGCUUGGUGGACGGUCUGUUCUGCGAGCACCCCAACUCCCGUAUCCAGGAGAACCGUCCCGAAGGCAGUUCUAGUGGUAGGCGGCAUAAAGGGGACGGAAUGCAUUUCAAGGCUCAGGUUGAGGCCUGCCCUCUGUUGGUGGGGGGAUUUUGUGUCCCUGCCGACGAAAAAUUCACUUUUGUUCAACAGGUGUUGCAUGCUAGGUUGUGUGGAUUACUGGGCACUGUUCGUCGAAUCCAGUUCUUUACUCAAGAGGUUCAUACCAUUUCGGCGUCACAAGGCAAAUUAAUCAUGAUGAUGGAGACUGAUCGGAAGCUGCGGUUGAUCAUGAUGAAAAUGAGGAUGCUGACCAGACGAUGA